GCGCAGCCGCACAUAAAGGCUCUGGGGGGGUCGUCACCCUGACCCUGACUGGUUCCACUCCCGGGCUCCGAGGCUAUGACCGGGAGUGGGUGGCUGGCACUGAGAACACUGUCCGGGCCUAGCUGGGUGCGGGGCUCGGGCCCAGCCGUGCUGAAACGCCUGCGGGACGCGGCUGUGGUGCGGCCCGGUUUCCUGAGUGCGGCCGAGGAAGAGACGCUGUGCCGCGAAGUUGAGCCAGAGCUGCGCCGCCGCCGCUACGAAUUAGACCAUUGGGAUGCGGCUAUCUAUGGCUUCCGAGAGACAGAAAAGUCGCGCUGGUCAGAGGCAAGCCGGGCCAUCCUGCAGCGUGUGCAGGCAGCUGCCUUUGGCCCUGGCCAGACCCUGCUGUCUUCGGUGCACGUGCUAGACCUGGAACCUCGGGGCUACAUCAAGCCACACGUGGACAGCGUCAAGUUCUGCGGAGCCACUAUCGCUGGCCUGUCCCUGUUGUCUCCCAGUGUCAUGCGGCUGGUGCACACCCAGGAGCCAGGGGAGUGGCUAGAACUCUUGCUGGAGCCAGGCUCCCUAUACAUCCUUAGAGACUCGGCCCGUUAUGACUUCUCCCAUGAGAUCCUUCGGGAUGAAGAGUCCUUUUUUGGGGAACGUCGGGUUCCGCGGGGCCGACGCAUCUCUGUCAUCUGCCGCUCCCUCCCCAAGGGGAUGGAGCCAGGAGAGCCCGGGAAGCCUUCCCCAGCCUGCUGACCCCCAGGCCCUUCUCCUAGCUUCUCAGAGACAUGUUUGUGAAUAAAGCUAGAGAAUGGACAAGGCA